UCCUACUGAACGUCUCUUUCUCUUUCUUUUUCUCCAUCUUCCUUUUCCUCUCGUAUUUUGUCACUGGGCGGCACGGUAAUCCUACACCUGCCUGUUCUCAUACGUUUUACUGUAACUGGCUGAACUGCUUUGACAAGUGCGAGGGGGUUAAAACACACUUGCAGCACAGAGCCGGGCUCCUAUCUGGCUGCAUCUCUCCACACCACACACACAUACACCCAUGCACACACUGGUAUAAGAAACAGCCCGGGAUCCAGACUCAGUCUUCUGUGAAAAGGAAAAGAAGAGAGAAAGAGCAGCAGAAGAAGAGCAGACAAACUGAAAAUUGCAAGUUCAAUGUUACCGCUGUGGAAAGCCUGACAGGGAGCGGGCGGCUCGCCAACUAGAGAUGUCGUACGGCGAGCGUGGCAGCAAGGAGCAGCAUCAGGAGAAUGAUGGGAUUGAAUUGGAGAGCAUGGCCAGCUUACCUGAAGACCUGAUGCUGAGUGGUGACUUCCGCGGGAAGUUCAAGAAGAUCCGGACCAGGAAAAGGCCCACCAUUCUGACAUCUUCCCAAGGGUACAGCAAGCCUCCUGUCCCACCAGUUUGCUGCUCGCAGGGUGAGAAGAGGCCGCCCGCCAUGAUGCCCAUCAGUGUGGACCCAGAGAGCCGUCCAGGCGAAUACGUGCUCAAGAGCCUCUUCGCCAACUUCACCACCAUCUCUGAGCGCAAAAUACGGAUCAUCAUGGCCGAACCUUUGGAAAAACCUUUGGUAAAGUCUCUUCAGAGGGGUGAAGAUCCGCAGUUUGACCAAUUGAUCAGCACAAUGAGUUCUCUGGCCGAGUAUUGCCUACCAUCUAUCUUGCGAACCUUGUUUGACUGGUACAAAAGACAGAAUGGAGUUGACGAUGAAUCCCAUGAGUACAGACCACGUUCAAAUACAAAGUCCAAAAAUGAUGAGCAGCAGAAAGAUUAUCUGCUAGAGAGGAGAGACCUAGCCAUCGACUUCAUCUUCUCUCUUGUGCUCAUAGAGGUUCUCAAACAGAUGCCCCUCCACCCAGUUGUGGAUGGUUUGGUCCAUGAAGUCAUUAAUUUGGCUUUUAAGCACUUUAAAUAUAAAGAGGGGUAUCAUGGUCCCAACACUGCCAACAUGCACAUUGUAGCUGAUCUCUAUGCAGAAGUUAUCGGAGUCUUAGCACAAGCAAAAUUUCCUGCUGUUAAAAAGAGGUUCAUGAGUGAGCUGAAGGAGCUCCGUCAGAAGGAGCAGAGCCCAUAUGUGGUCCAAAGCACCAUCAGCCUCAUCAUGGGUGUGAAGUUCUUCCGAGUGAAAAUGUAUCCUGUAGAGGAGUUUGAAGCCUCCUUUCAGUUCAUGCAGGAGUGUGCGCAGUAUUUCCUGGAAGUGAAGGACAAAGACAUCAAACAUGCUUUGGCUGGACUCUUUGUGGAAAUUCUAGUUCCUGUAGCAGCGGCUGUCAAGAAUGAGGUGAAUGUUCCUUGUUUAAGGAACUUUGUGGAGAGCUUGUAUGAUACCACCUUGGAUCUUUCAACAAGAAAGAAGCAUUCUCUGGCUCUGUACCCACUAGUGACAUGUCUGCUGUGUGUCAGCCAAAAGCAGUUCUUCCUCAACAGAUGGCAUGUCUUCCUCAACAACUGCCUCUCCAAUUUGAAGAACAAGGACCCUAAAAUGGCACGGGUAGCAUUAGAGUCCCUCUACCGACUUCUGUGGGUCUACAUGAUUCGCAUCAAAUGUGAGAGCAACACUGCGACGCAGGGCCGCCUCAACUCUAUUGUGACGACCUUGUUCCCUAAAGGAUCCCGCAGUGUAGUUCCUAAAGACAUGCCUCUUAAUAUAUUUGUUAAGAUUAUCCAGUUUAUUGCACAGGAAAGACUUGACUUUGCAAUGAAAGAAGUCAUUUUUGACCUGCUGUGUGUUGGGAAACCUGCAAAAGCCUUUAGUCUUAAUCCAGAGAGAAUGAAUAUUGGUCUCAGAGCAUUCCUGGUUAUUGCUGACAAGCUGCAGCAGAAAGAUGGUGAUCCCCCAAUGCCAAACACAGGGGCAAUGCUCCCUUCUGGAAAUACAUUGCGAGUCAAAAAGACAUUCCUGAGCAAGCCUCUGACUGAAGAUGAGGCCAAAGUAAUAGGGAUGUCCCUCUAUUACCCCCAAGUGAGGAAAGCUUUAGACAACAUCCUCAGACACUUGGAUAAGGAGGUUGGCCGCUGUAUGAUGCUGAGUAACGCACAGAUGCUGAAUAAGGAACCCGAGGAUAUGAUUACGGGCGAGAGGAAACCCAAGAUUGACCUCUUUAGGACAUGCAUGGCCGCCAUUCCACGCAUCAUUCCUGAUGGCAUGUCCAAGUCAGAGCUCAUAGACCUUUUGGCACGGUUAACCAUCCAUAUGGAUGAUGAACUGCGUCUGAUAGCCCAGAAUUCCCUGCAGAGUCUGCUGGUGGACUUCUCAGAUUGGCGGGAGGAAGUGCUCCUGGGCUAUUGCAGCUUCCUGCUCCGAGAGGUUCAGGACACACACCAAACCCUGUUGGACUCCUCACUUAAACUACUGCUUCAGUUGCUUACUCAGUGGAAACUAGCACUUCUGAGCACCAGCAAGACUCUGGACACAUCAAAGAUCUGCUCCACUGAAUUGUUACAGAGUAGCUCUGGCUCCAGGCUGCCUGCUGAACGGACCCCUCACUCCACAGUCCUGCAUGCUGUUGAGGGUCUCGCAUUAGUGCUGCUGUGCUCCUGCCAGACAGGCACGCGCAAAGUAGCUGUGUCCAUCCUUCGAGAGGUCCGCCAAAUCUUCCUCACGAUAGGGCAGACUGAGGAUGAUGAAAGGCCCAUGAUAGAUGUACUGGACCAGCUGAGCCCAGUGGUGCUCGAGAGUUUUUCCCACGUGGUGGUGGCUGACUCGGCGUCCCUCCCCGCUGGGCAGCAUGCAGACCUGCAGUGGCUGGUGGAGUGGAACGGAUCUCUGGUCGGCAGCCACUAUGACGUGCGGAGCCCGUCCUGUGUGUGGAUCUUGGCACAGUCUCUGAAGGAACCCUGGGCUCUGUGCCUCUUCAGCCUUCUGAGACAGGAGUACCUGCCCAAGCACUGUCCCACAGCGCUCAGCUACGCCUGGCCCUACGCCUUCACCCGCCUGCAGCUCCUCAUGCCUUUACUCGAGCCCAGCAACCCAGUUAACGCCAAGAAGACAAGCUCGGCUGGUUCAGCAGACACCUAUGUUUCUCUCUGGAGAAACUAUCUGAUUCUUUGUUUUGGUGUGGCCAAACCCAGCAUCAUGAGCCCGGGUCAUCUUCGAGCUUCCACCCCUGAGAUCAUCACUCCCAGUACAGACUGCAAUAACAGCUAUGACAACAAGAUCCACGGCACCCCGUCUGUGGCCUGGCUUCUGAAGCAGUUGGUCCCUCUGAUGCGUUCAGAAAGCAUUGAGAUCACAGAGUCUUUGGUGCUCGGAUUUGGCCGCACAAACGCACUCGUUUUCAGAGAGCUUAUUGAGGAACUUCAUCCUUUGAUGAAGGAAGCUUUGGAAAGAAGACCUGAGAAUAAAAAAAGGCGAGAGAGAAGAGAUCUGCUAAGACUCCAGCUCCUCAGGAUCUUUGAGCUGCUGGCGGAUGCCGGUGUCAUCAGCGACAGCACUAAUGGAGCUCUGGAACGUGAUACGCUGGCCCUGGGCGCUCUCUUUCUUGAGUAUGUGGACCUGACCCGGAUGCUUCUGGAAGCUGAGAAUGACAAAGACAUGGAGAUUCUCAAAGACAUCCGAGCUCACUUCAGCGCCAUGGUGGCCAACCUCAUACAGUGUGUCCCAGUGCAUCAUCGACGUUUCCUCUUCCCUCAGCAAAGCCUUCGGCACCAUCUCUUCAUCCUUUUCAGCCAAUGGGCUGGACCCUUCAGUAUCAUGUUCACGCCCCUGGAUCGCUAUAGUGACCGGAACCAUCAGAUUACUCGAUACCAGUAUUGUUCUCUUAAGGCCAUGUCGACUGUGCUUUGUUGUGGCCCCGUGUUCGACAACGUAGGGCUCUCUCCUGAUGGCUACCUCUAUAAGUGGCUGGAUAACAUCCUUGGCUGUCAGGAUCUGCGGGUGCAUCAGCUGGGCUGUGAGGUUGUGGUUCUUCUGCUGGAACUUAACCCAGAUCAGGUGAAUCUGUUUAACUGGGCCGUGGACCGAUGUUACACUGGCUCCAGCCAGCUGGCCUCUGGUUGCUUCAAAGCCAUCGCCACUGUCUGUGGUAGCAGAAACUACUCCAGUGAUAUUGUGACUCUGCUGAACCUUGUUCUCUUCAAAGCGUCCGACGCAAACAGGGAGAUCUACGAGAUCGCUAUGCAAUUAAUGCAGAUUCUAGAGGCCAAGCUGUCUGUGUAUUCUAAGAGGAUUGUGGAACAGAAAAGUGGUGCUAUCCUGUAUGGGACACACGGGCCUCUUCCGCCCCUCUACAGUCUCUCUGUAACCCAGCUUUCAAAGCAACUUGCCAGAAUGUACCCUGAACUCACCCUGCCCCUUUUCUCAGAGGUGAGUCAGAGGUUUCCCACCACUCAUCCAAACGGGCGUCAGGUCAUGCUGACCUAUCUGCUCCCUUGGCUCAGUAACAUCGAGCUGGUUGAUGGAGGCCUGCUGCCCACUGUCCCGAGUCCGAGCAGCUCUGGAGACAACAGGAAGGGAUACACUCACAACACCUCAGCACCUCAACUGCUCCGAGGCACAGGCUGGGGGUCACUGCAGGCCUCCUCUCUGGUCCUAAACAACCUCAUGUUCAUGACCGCAAAGUACGGGGACGAUGUCCCAGGUGCAGAAAUGGAAAAUGCUUGGAAUGCUCUGGUCAGUAAUGAACGGUGGACUAAUAACCUGCGGACCACCAUGCAGUUCCUCAUCAGCUUAUGCGGAGUCAGCAGUGACACCUCUCUUCUGCCUCAUAUUAAGAAGGUGGUGAUCUACCUGUGUCGCAACAACACCAUUCAAACCAUGGAGGAGCUGCUUUAUGAACUUCAGCAGACAGAUCCCGUGAACCCCGUAGUGGUGCACUGUGACAAUCCUCCGUUCUACCGCUUUUCAGCAACAAGCAAAAUUACCACCACCACUUCGGGCCCACCUUCCAGCAGCAAAACUUUGGUGUGUGGGCAGGAAAACAUCCCUGACACAGAUGACUCACCAAUCACAAAGGAGUGUGAUGACAGGCUGAGCAACAUCUUACGAGCACACAACCGCCUGGAGUCUCGGUACAGCAGCAGUUCUGGAGGUUCCUACGAUGAGGAAAAGAGUGAGCCGCUCCCACCGUAUGCCAUGUGGCUUAUGAGUGUGCUGGAAACCAAUCAGCCGCUUCCUCUUCCCAUGCCAGUUAACGGAGGCUGCUGGGCACCGCUGGUCGACUAUCUACCUGAAACAGUCACCCCACGAGGACCCCUCCACAGGUGUAACAUAGCGGUGAUCUUCAUGACGGAGCUGGUGGUGGAUCACAGUGUGAAGGAGGACUGGGCCCUACACCUCCCUCUACUGCUCCAUGCCUGUUUCCUGGGUAUGGACCACUACCGCCCAGAGGUGUUCGAACACUGUAAGAGGCUCCUCUUGCACCUUCUCAUCACGUUAUCUUGCAACAACAAUUUCAGCCUCAUUGCCUCUGUUCUGCUAAACACCAGAGAUGCCAACAGCAACAAGAGCCUGACUUUCAAACCCAUCUGCCAGCCUGAGUUCUACACAGGUGGUGUUGACUUCCUCCGUAAUGGUCAGGCAUCUCCAGUUCCUGAUUCUGGCCUCAGUUCCUCUUCUACCUCGUCCAGCCUGAGCCUCGGAGGCAGCAGCUCCAAUCUUCCUCACCUGGCCCAGGAAGAGGUGGAGCAGAUGGAGAGCAGCACUGAAGAUGAUGAAAAGAGCAGCAAACUCAUUGAGUUUCUCACUACCAGAGCUGUUCAGGAACUGAUUCAGGAAAUGACGCAUCUGACACGUCUUACAUCUGACAUCUCUCAAGAUGUUACUGACUUGCCUUUUGGACCUUUGUGGAGCCAUGAAGACAUCACUCCUAAGAAUCAGCACUCAAAGAGCACCGAACAGCUCACCAACUUCCUGCGACAUGUAGUGUCUGUGUUCAAAGAGUCCAAAUCAGACAUUCGACUUGAGCAGCAGUUGAGUGAAGUGGCAUUGCAGAUGGCUCUGUGCAGCUCCUCCAGACAUUACGCUGGACGUUCCUUCCAGGUGUUCAGAGCUCUGCGGCAGCCCCUCUCAGCGCUGGCCGUGUCCGACUUGCUUUCACGCUUGGUGGAGGUGGUCGGGGAGCACGGGGAGGAGGUUCAGGGUUAUGUAAUGGAGCUUCUUCUCACACUUGAGUCAGUGGUGGAUAAUCUAGCUGAGUGCCUGAAGAACAAUGACUUCUUUGUUAUACUACGGGCAUCUUCGCCGGAUCUUCCAUCCAGCAGCAAGUUAACACUAAACCGUAAAAGCACCAGUCAGCUGGACCUGAUCCCAGGAUCAGGCACUACUUCUGAGCGAAUACGCCACCAGCGUAGCUACUCCGUUCCCAAGCGCUUCGGCGAGCCUGAACGUUCCUCCGAGGUUCCCCGGAGCGCCACCUUGGACCGAAUCCACCAUCACCAGAACAAUAUCUCCAAGCUCAGAUCCCUGUCCUCAUCAUCCUCCAGAGACAACGUGGUCUCCACCGACCCAACCAACGCCAACCAUCCUCGCAACCUGCUGGCCACCAUCUUUUGGGCAGUGGUGUCACUCAUGGAGUCAGACUUUGAGUUUGAGUACCAGAUGUCCCUCAGGUUGUUAGGGAAGCUGCUAGGCCACAUUUCUUUGGAUAAGCAGGAAUACAGAGAAAAGCUGGAGAAGAUCCAGAUCCAGCUAAAAUGGAAGGAGUUCUCUGGGCUUCAGCAGCUGCUUCUGAAGGGCUUCACCUCUGCAAACACCACAGAACUCACCUUGGAGAUUUUCAGCCAGCUCACACCCGUCUCACGCCUACCUGUGGUAGAUACCUCACAAGCCAAAGGUUUCCCAUUGAACGUGCUUUGCCUCAUCCCCCAUCUUGUGUUACACUUUGACUCACCUACUCAAUUCUGCAAGGACGUGGCUGAGAGAAUUUCCCAGGUUUGCCUUGAGGAAAAGAACUCCAAGCUGUCCAACCUUGCCCAUGUGAUGACUCUGUACAAAACGCACUCCUAUACCCGUGACUGCUUCUCUUGGGUCAAUGUGGUGUGCCGCUACCUGCAUGAAGCAUUCAGUGACAGCACACUCAGCAUGGUGACUUACAUGGCGGAGUUGUUGGAGAAAGGAUUACCCAGCAUGCAACAAACUCUUCUGCAAAUCAUCUACAGUCUACUGAGUCACAUGGACCUGAGUGGUAUUCAAGCCAAACUCUUCAACAUGGAGGUUUCAACAACCAUAGAGAAGUUUGUUCAGACUGCACACUGGAAGGAAGCCUUGAACAUAUUAAAGCUGGUGGUCUCCCGCUCGGCUAGUCUGGUUUCGCCUUCGUCCCCGCAGAGUAACGCAUCCACUGUGGAUGUCAGGCGUGUUUGGGACACACCCUCCAAAGCCCUGCCUGGAAAGACCCUUGACUUUCACUUUGACAUUUCAGAGACACCGGUGAUUGGCCGGCGAUAUGACGAGCUUCACGCUUCUCCGAGGCUAGAUGGGAAGAAUGGAGGAGGGGUUACUGUGACACGCAGUACCUCCUCUACAUCCUCGGGCUCCUACCAAAACAACCACGUGCUGGUGCCUGUCAGCUGGAAACGACCACAAUCUUCACAGAAAAGAACUCGUGAGAAGUUGGUGAAUGUAUUAACCUUGUGUGGCCAAGAAGUUGGACUCACUAAAAACCCAUCUGUGAUUUUCUCAUCCUGUGGGGAACUGGACCUGAUUGAGCACCAGCCCAGUCUGGUGUCCUCUGAGGACGGCACACGGGACACAGAAAACAUGGAUGACACCACUUCAGAACAGCAGUUCCGUGUAUUCAGAGACUUUGACUUCCUGGAUGUGGAACUUGAAGAUGGAGAGGGUGAGACAGUUGACAGCUUCAACUGGGGUGCGCGGAGGCGUUCCAUUGACAGUCUAGACCAGGCUGAAGCCCAACCAAUGGAGGAGGACAGCCAGCUCUCAGGAAGUUCGCCAAGCCUGUGUCCAAUCGUCCAUGAUGAUUCUGACGAAUCUUCUGAGGAAGAGUCCCUCACAGCCAGCCAGAUCCUCUCAGCCUCUCAACUAAAUGUCAGCCUGUCUCCUACUGAGGAACUAAACCCCAUGGACUCCCCUCCCAUCUCCUUUGACAACACUCAAGCUGACCCAAUUCCUCUUUCCACCCCAACGCCCAGCUUUGAGAUCUCAGUACCCGAGGGCUCGAACCAUCGGGCUGAGGAUUCAGCUGAAGAAGAAGAAGAAGCCAUUGUUAACGAGAACGAUAUCUCACUCUGCAUUUGCGAGUCGCCGCCUGCCUUUAGUUGUUCUGACAUCCUAACAGCAGACACACCCCAGAAGGAAAACAACUUCUUUACUGACAACGAGACAAGCUGUGUACCCAGGUACUGCCUUGGGUUUGGAGACCAGCAGAGCUCUGUGGCGCAGGCAGAAGAGGAAAAGGAAGAGCUGUUGCUAGAGUCCCGUUCCUCCCCUCCGCCUUCUCCCUUUUUCUCCGCCAUCCUGGCUGCCUUCCAGCCGACUGUGUGCGAUGAUGCCGAGGAGGCUUGGCGCAAUCAUCUCAACCAGUUGGUGGCCGACUCGGAUGGUUCCUGCGCGGUUUACACCUUCCAAGUCUUCUCCUCACUCUUUCAGAGUAUACAGAGCAAGUUCUGCACCUUGACCUGUGACGCUGCUGGUUAUCUUGGCGACGGCCUUCAUGGAAUUGGAGCGAAGUUUGUAAAGUCGUCCCAGAUGCUGACAUCCUGCUCCGAAUGUCCCACGUUGUUUGUCGAUGCAGACACUAUUGUGUCUUAUGGGCUCUUGGAGAAGAUGAAGUUUAGUGUGUUAGAGCUGCAGGAGUAUUUAGAGACCUACAACAACAAAAAGGAGGCAGUCAUAUCAUGGCUACGCAACUGCAAGGCCAGUUUCCCCAAAUGCACUGGGGAUGGAGUGAUCACCUAUCAGCCCGCUGAAAUAGAGGAGAAGCAAAUGGAAUCUCUUGCACAACUGGAGCUUUGUCAAAGACUCUACAAACUCCACUUUCAACUGCUGCUGCUUUUUCAGUCUUACUGUAAACUGAUUGGCCAAGUUCACGCUAUACAAUCUGUCCCGGAGCUGCAGAACAUGUCCAGGGAGUUGAGUGAGUUGAGGAGUAACCUGCGGGCAGCAGCAGCCUCAGUGGCCGAUGAGCCAGCAGCUGAGCGGAGAGAUCCCACCGCUGAAUCCCCCUACAGCUCCUCUGAGGCUGCUGUGCAGGCCAUUCUAGAGAGCCUGAAAACCAACGAGUUCUCCGGAGCCAUCCGUUACAUACAGGAAUGCAGGAAAAUGUGGCCAAGUGACAUCUUCGGCAGCAGCUCUGAGAAUGAGAUUCAGACUCUACUCAACAUCUAUUUCCGGCACCAAACUCUGGGUCAGACGGGAACCUUUGCCCUGGUUGGUUCCAAACAAGACCUGUCUGAGAUAUGCAACCGACUCACUGAGCUCAACUGCGAGAUCCGAGACAUGAUUCGACGGGCACAGGGCUACCGGGCCAUCUCUGCCUUCCUUCCUGACUCCAGCGUGACCGGCAUCAGCCUUUGAGUCCAACUUUAAGGGAUCAGGCGGGAACUGGCCUUCUUUCCACCACUCCUGUCUGAAGUUGCUGCUGCCUUCAUUGUUCUCCCCUAGUGCACUCAUCACUGUCCUGCCUCUGCUCACCUUAAGAGCUUCAAGGAUGUACAGCUAAUAUAGCUUAGAAAACGCAACAGGGGACACAAAAAGAAGUCAAAUCCUUGGCUUUUUUUGCACUACUAUGUAUGUAAGGGGCCGCCCCCUGCCUCUGAAAAGGGGCCUCUACUACUGCAGGCAUCAAAGGUAUACCAAAGCUCCACAAAUGGCUCCUCCUGCUCACAUCUACCAUUAUACGUUACGGGAAAAUGUGCAAUGCCUCACACUAAGUGAAACUUUUCAUCUUAGAGAGAAUGUUUUGAAACUUCAGUGCUCUCAGCUACUUGAUGACAGAUAAAUGUUCUGUUCUUGCUUUUUAUUUCAAAUAAAAUCUGAAAGCCAUUGUUAAUGUGGCUUUUUAAAAAAUGUUUAACAAGAUCAGACUUUUCACCGUGCGCACCCCUGCCUCGGCUUUUAUCCGUACAGACAGAAUGUCUCUAACACAAUGCAAUGCUACUGUCAGAGAGACCUGGAUGCAUAAAAGGGUCAUCAAGCACUUAUUUAUGUAUGGGGGUGUUUGAAUUUACUAAUGUCUUUCUACUGUUUAGUUGCUCCUAGAAGGUUUAUUUAUAUUCUUAAAAGAAAGAUCAUCAUAAAAUGGUAUAGUUUUAUAGGAUGGAAUUCUGUCUAUACUGUCUAUUGAAAUGGCCAAGCAUGCAAAGGUAUGUACCAUAAGAAGAAAUAGAGAUAUUUAUGAAAUAAGAAAUUAUUUUAAAUGAAAGAUACAUUUGUAAAUAGUAGUGGGAGUGUAGCCCAUACUUGUAAGAUUUUAUUUUUAUGGUUUCAUUUUUCUGUCUGCUGUAUGAAAGUGUGCAUGCAAUAAAAAGAUCAAUAAAUAAUAUUAAUUAAAAAAAAA